AUGCAUUUGCUACUCUGCUGUCUUUUCCCCUGCACUGGAGUUGCUGUUCUCAGCCAUGGAGAAUGGGUGGGAGGUGACUGGUUUUUGCACCAGCCCUGUCACUCUGCAUGUAGGAGAGGGCAAGCCCUGGCUCUCCAGUGUGUGGAAAACUCGGGGAAGGGCAAGGGGAGUGGGGGCAACUUGGUUGUCAUUCUGGUUAUUUCACAGCUCCAUUUUGGUGGAUCCCUGCAUGUUUCCUUGGCCAUUGUGGUACUGUUGAUACUACUCCAUCCUAGUUUCCAGGUUUUGCUGGCAUCUGCUCUUGUUUGA